GUCCGAAAUAUAGUGUAUAAAAACAGGUCAAGCCUGCACAGGGCACACCAUACACGUAGCAUUGAGUAGUCGCAAGCAGUGUUCUUGUUCAUUACUCAAUUACUCGUACUAAAAAACCUGACUAACAUUUUACAUCAGAUAUCCCUGUAACAUAAUUAACUCGCCAUGUUGAUCGUUUUCGGAUCUCAGACCGGUACGACCGAGUCCUUUGCACAGAUCGUGCUGUCGUUUGCCAAGAUGCGUGGAAUCGACAACGUGCGCCUGGUCUCAGGAGAUGCCAUCGAGCCAUCUAAACUUAAGGAUGAGAAGCUUAUCGUCUUUCUCACGUCCACAUUUUACAACGGAGAGUUCCCCGACAACAUGCGCACCCUCUGGAAGUAUCUGCAGUCUACCUCGGACUCAUUCAAGGACACCCAGUUCUGCGUUUUUGGACUGGGCAAUUCCACCACCAAGAACAACUUCUGUGUAGCCGCUAAGGAGCUUUCAGCGCAGAUGACUAAGUUAGGUGGGGAAGAGAUAGUGCCCCCCGUGUACAGUGACGAGUAUGCGGAGGCGGGUCACGAGACGGCCUUCCGACCUUGGAUGAAGAGCGUGUGGGUUAAGCUCACCGGAUCCAACAUGAAGAUGUCGUUACCCAAGCACUACAAAGUGGAAGCAGCCAGCAGUGCCUCUGCAACGGAGAUCCCUACGACGUUUGAUACUAUGAAGGUCGUGGAGAACAUCACUCUGACACCUGCAGGACACGAACGUCCCGUGCACCAUAUCACACUCUCUCUGCCAGCCGGCAAGACUUACAAGCUCACUGACCACGUGUCCAUUGCACCCUUUAACCAGACUGCACUAGUCGAGCGAAUGGCAAAGCGCUUGGGCGUGGCUCUGGAUGACCUUGUGAGUAUCACCAGUCUCGAAGAGACAGCUGCUGCAAAGGGAUUGCCCACUGGCAAAGGGAUCAGUGUACGGGACGUGCUGGCUAAGCACCUCGACAUAGCCGCACCCCCCACACGCUCGUUCUUGGAAGGUCUCAGCACUCUGGCCACCAAUGAAGAGGAAUCUAAAGCGUUGGAGAAGCUUGCAGAAGAUAUGUCUGCGGGCAAUCUCUACUCGGCAAUGACUGGCGGAGGCGCUGGACGUCGCCCAUACUCACUAGCCGAUUGUCUAGAAGAGUACACCAGUAUCGAGAUCACGCUAGACAAUCUGCUGGGUAACAUACCUACACUCGCCCAGAGACUGUACUCCAUCUGCUCCGCACCGCGAGUAUCGGCCAAUCAGAUUGAACUGUGCGUCGUGUUGGAUCAGUUCCGUUCAGACGUGAACCCUGCGAUGCAAUUCCAGGGUGUGGCGUCCGGAUACCUUGCCGGAUUAAAGACGGGAGAUGUAGUCUGCGGUAACGUAUGCGAUGGUCUUCUCGACCUUCCAGCGGAUAGUUCUAAGUCGCUGGUGGGUGUGGCACUGGGGUCGGGUGUGGCGGUAUUCCGAGCCAUUCUGCAAGAGCGUGAACUACAGUUUGACGAGGGCCAGGAUGUAUCACGCAUGCGCCUGUACAUGGGCAUGCGCAGAUGCAAGGAAGACUUUCUGUUCAAAGAAGAACUGGAGAAGUUCCAGAACAAAGGUCUGCUGGAGCUAAUCCCAGCAUUCUCGCAUGACGAGGUGGGCCGCUUCGACACACCCGCGACUAAGAUAUCAGAGAUCCCUGAGAAGGUUGCUGAGUACCUGAACAACGGGGGCACCUACGUGUACUGUGGUUUGGGCGGUUUGGUGCCUUUGUACCACGAGGAAGCAAUCAUCCACGCCUUAGCUGCGUGUGACGAUGGAUUAACGUCCGAGACCGCAUACGGCGUAGUAGAGGAUUUGAAGACACAGAACAGAUGGCAGGUAGAAGCCUACUCGCGGGAUAUGGAUGAGGAUAACACUCUUAAGACUCUCAUGGACAGGGCCCUUCAGGAGAAGCCUGUAGCUGAUCGCAUGGAGGGGUCUAAAAUGUUCUGCUUCCAAUGUGGUCAAACCAACCGAGGUGUUGGCUGUACUACCGUCGGUGUGUGCGGAAAGAGUCCCAAUGUCGCAGCGCUACAGGAUCUCCUGAUUGACAACCUCAAGCGUCUGUCCUGGUACGCUCACCGUAUCACUAAGGCUGGCGGUGAUGUGGGCGUGGAGGUGAACCGAUACACACUCGUAGCCACGUUCUCUACACUUACGAAUGUUAACUUUGAUGAGGCUCGUAUGCUGGAGUUUAUCGCUGAAGCUGGAGUGCACACAGACAAGCUCAUGGCCAUGUACGACGAACAGUGCAAGGCCAAUGGCACUACACCAGACACACCGUCCAAGCGGGCCACUAAGGUCUUCAAGAAGAAGCUUCCCAAGAACACCAAGCCCGAGGUAGCCGACAUAGAAGACAUGGUGGCCGAGGGCAAGAAGGUGGGAGUACUCACACGCUUCCGAGCCGCACGCAACGACGCUCUGGUUGGAUUGCAGGAGAUGUUAGUGUACGGACUCAAGGGCCUGUGCGCGUACACAGACCAUUCGCUGCAGUAUGGUAACGAGCGCCCUGAGCUGUACGCGUUUGUGCAUGAAGCCUUUGCGUUUCUGCUGUCGAACGAGGCCAGUGAUCUGGGAGCUGUACUGGGCAUGCUGAUGAAGUGUGGAGAGAUCAAUCUGAUCUCGCUGAAGCUGCUGCAUGACAGCAACAACACACACGGCGAGCAGUCUCCCGGCGUAGCUAAGUGUCUCCCGCAGAAGGGCAAGGCUAUCUUGGUAUCUGGACACGAUCUCAAGAUACUUGGAGACCUCUUAAACGCAUGUGCCGAGCACUUGAAGAAGACCGGCGUCCAUGUUAAUGUGUACACGCACGGAGAAAUGCUUCCCGCCCACGGCUACCCCAAUCUGCGAGCAUCGCCUCAUCUCGCGGCACACUACGGCUGGGCUUGGCAGCGCCAGAGUGUCGAGUUUGGACACUUCCCCGGACCUAUUCUCAUGACCACCAACUGCCUCACCAAGCCACAAGACGAGUACAAGGACCGCAUGUUCACAGCGGGGGCAGUUGGAUGGCCCGGAAUUGCGCACUUGGGUGCAGACGAGGGCUAUAAGGUACUCAUCGACAUGGCGUGUGAGCUUAAAGGCUUCGGCGAUGAGAAGAAAUUCGGAUAUCCGGAGAAUCCCUUCGCAAAGUCCACCGAUAACUUCAACGUCGGUUGGGGCCAGGAGACCGUUAUCGGAGCGGCCGGUACAGUCCUUGACCAAGUGGGCAAGGGCAACAUCUCACGCUUCUACGUCAUUGGCGGCUGUGAUGGGUACGAAGGGGAGCGCUCCUACUACACAGACUUGGCCAAGGCUCUGCCCGAUACUUCCGUGGUCCUGACCGUGGGCUGUGGAAAGUUCCGUCUGAAUCACCUCCAGUUCGGUACUAUCGGCGACACCGGCAUUCCCCGGCUGUUGGAUCUGGGACAGUGCAAUGACUCGUACUCGGCCGUGCAGAUUGCACUUGCCCUGGCUGGAGCGCUUGACUGUGGAGUGAACGACCUUCCCCUGUCCAUCGUACUCAGUUGGUUUGAGCAGAAGGCUGUGGUUGUACUACUAUCACUCCUAUCUUUGGGUAUCCAGAACAUUCGGGUAGGCCCCACGGUACCUGCCUUCCUCCGCCCGAGUAUAAUGGCCGUGUUGAAGGAGAAAUUUAACCUCAUGGCUAUUGGUGCCGAUGUUAACUCAGACAUUGAGAAGAUGGUCGCUGGAGACCAGUAGUGGACACAGAUAUCGAGUCUGGACGUGCGAAAAAUUGUCAACUGAUACUGGGAGAAGUGGGUGGUCGGCGAGCAAAAGCGGACAUAUAUUUAGACAAACCGUGGACACACACGAGUGCUGAUACAAACUACGAAGACAACAUAUAAGGGCGUCGAACGCAGAUAGUCAAUUCGCCACAAAAAUAACGCAGUCCAAUAAUUACUGAUAGAAAAUAUAUCCGCCACACUCGUAGUUGGCGGCAAUAAAAACAACCAUCAAGAAUUUGCCACACCUAAAUUAUAAACACUAUAUGUAUUCUAUGUUUACCUAUAUUACUAUAUAUUUAUUAUAUACA